CAAAGACCUCAUUUUCGGAGGAAGUGGGCCACGGCGGGAGCUUGCUGAUUUGGUCGUGUUUUUGCAGAUUUCGUGUUAGUGAAAGAUCGUAAACAACAGUACAGCUUUCCCGUGGAGUAAACUACGCCGACAUGUCCGCCGACUCGAUUAUGUUUUCCCUGGACACUGCUGCGGGGACUCCGAGUUCCUUCCCCGUGGUCCUCAAGAAGAUCAUGGAGAUGCCACCGCCAAAUAUAUUUGAUGGUGACGAUGACACUGACAAGGAGAAGCUUUGUCUUGGGGACAGUGUGGACUUAGGUGGAGGCAGCGGCAUUGGUCCAACUGCAGCUCUAACUCCUGCUAUUUGGGAUAAGACCAUUCCGUACGAUGGUGAGAACUUCCACUUGGAAUACAUGGACCUGGAGGAAUUCCUCAUGGAAAAUGGAAUUCCCACCUCCCCCGACAGUGACAGUGUUUCCCAGGAGUCCUGCCCCUCAAAAACAGACAAGAAGUCAGAGGCCGCCGAAGCACCGCAGGUGCCUCUGCUCCCCAUUCAGCAGCUCGAGCAUUGCUCCGAGGAGGUGGUGAUCAUUACCAAGACAGACUCAGAUGUCACUUGUGACAUAACUGCAGAAGUGACCACUGAAGACCGAAUAACCCCUGAGCCAAUCAACCCAGAAGAGAUCGAGGUGAAUGUGAACUAUGAGCCUGACCCCACAGACCUGGUCCUGUCCAGUGUCCCGGGAGGAGAGCUUUUUGACCCACGCAAGCACAAGUUUAGUGAGGAGGACCUCAAGCCACAGCCCAUGAUAAAGAAGGCUAAGAAGGUGUUUGUUCCUGAGGAACAGAAGGAUGAGAAGUACUGGCAGAGGAGGAAGAAGAACAACAUGGCAGCCAAGCGCUCACGAGACGCCAGGCGAUUAAAGGAGAAUCAGAUCACGGUGCGAGCAGCCUUCUUAGAGAGGGAGAACACUGCGCUGCGGACCGAGGUGGCCGAGCUAAGGAAGGAGUGCGGCCGCUUCAAGAACAUUGUGGGGCGAUAUGAAGCCAAAUUUGGAACACUUGCUGGGACGGAUGACCUUUAGACCACAGCGGUCUAUUUAUUUUUCAGAUGCUUAAAUAAAUAUCGGUCUUUGAAGAGGAGUAAAAAGAGAAGAAUGUUUAUUUUCAUGCAUUUUAUCUGUUCGUGUGAGUUUGAGAAGUGCUUCUUCAGUACACAUAUUAAUGUUGUGUACGCAUCAUGUUUUGCAAGACUUUGGCCAAAUGAGAGCAUAGUUGGUUUUGUUUAAAUGUGGGUUUGUUGAUUUUUAGAUGACUAGUUUAUUGUUCUCUUCAAUGUGUUUCUGUUAUUUCGAAAACAAAUUCUAUUUAGUUAUGAUAUAGAUUAUUAUGGUUAAGUUGGGUAUUUUGCCCACUAAAUGUUUGACUGUGACAAUUCCAGUUAACUUCUUCAGGGGAACUUCAUGGCAUGGUUACACUGCGGUAUACCAUGUUCAUAAUGAAUAAUUAGCAGUUGCGCAUGAUAAAUGGCAUAGAGCUGUACAUAUGUUCACGGUUUAUGUGGUGCCAUGCGAUAUCUGUUCUUGUCUAAACAUGUAAAUAAGCUAAUAGUAUGCUCAUAUUUUUAUUAUUCUGUAUCCAUUCAGAACACAAGUCAUGAUUUGUAUGCCAUACUCACAUAACUGGAAUUAAAUCUGUUCAUCCAUUUAUGAUCUUUUUUACAGCACCAGACUCCCUAAAACUCCAAAAUGCGUCAAAAUAACAUUGCAAAACUGGCAUUCAAAUCAUGACUUAAAUUUAACUUUGACUCCACAUUAAAUGACAAACAAUAUUUUUAAUCAAAUAUUAACUAAAAUAGUUGUGGAAAAUCUAUGUACUUGCAGACUACCGUGUGGCACAAGUAUCCACAGUUCUUUCCAAGUGUCUUCUCUGUCAAAGCCAUUUCAAUGCAGUUUCCUGUCUUACUAGUUUACGCGGGGUUGUGUAUUGCUCCAUCUGCUUUGAAAGUGUAGCCUCAACUUCAGUAAGUGCAUCCUGUCUAAAGGGGACGUUGUUUGUGAGCUUCCAUAAAUUAGUACAUUAACUUGUUAAGUAAUAAAUGUACUGUCAGAAUGUCCAAGGCUUUUAAGUUAAGGCAUAGUUGGUGUCAUUAUUUUUAGACAAAGAUUGGUUUCCUUGGACAUUUUACACAUUUACAUCUUUCAGCUUAUUCUCUUGCCUUUAUAAACAGGUAAAUUUGUUAACUGUAAAGGUGUUUUUUUAACCUAUCUUUGUCUUUAUUUUUUGUAAAAUAGUUUUAAGAGUUCUCUAUUGUAUAAUGGUAUGUAAUAAAGUUGUUUCAAUGUG